UUUGGUUAAAGGAAAUGAGGCGGAGUCAAACUAUGACGAGUCAAACUAAGAUGGCGACGCGCAUUUGGAUGCAGUUGGAAUAACAGAGGUUAUUGAACAUGAAGACUAAACUGAAAGUCAUCGGUGGACAGGGAGGCAGUUCAUUUACUUUUACUGGCCGUGACAAUGGUGCCACCCUCAAGAAGAUUGGAGUGGCAGUGGGCGGCUGGCAGAUCAAAGCUGUGCGGGCAGAACUGACUGACGGGCGUGUGAAGACCUUUGGAGAAUCAGUCACUUUCAAAGAGUUUACGUUUGAACCUGGCGAGCGCUUCACCAAGCUGUCCCUGUGGGGGAACGAUGACGGCUCACGUCUGGGUGGCAUCAGGUUCUUGACGAGUUCUGGACGCGAGUUCUUCGAGCAGAUGACUAGCAUGGGCCUGAACACCGAGUACUCUAUCGAUGUGGGGUCUGGAGUCUGCCUGGGAUUGCAGGGGAAAGCUGGCUCAGACAUCGACUGUUUGGGAUUCCUCUUCAUCAAGGCCAACACGAGCAUACCACAACGCAUGUUCAAGUGGUUGGGCAGGCUCACCUGCCUCUUCCAGCGGGGGUCCAGCAGUGAGUCAGCCCCCGGUGAUGAAGACCGCGAUGCCCCCCGCACCGCCGGCACCCUCUCCCCGGUCUCCGAGGCCACCAUGGAUGACAUGGGAGCCAUGCGGCCGCGUACCACAAGCUACGCUCGCUCCAGUGACGAGGAACAGGAGAAGGAGGCCAACGACAUGUCGCCGCCUCGUGGCCAAAACACAAAACAGGACGAGCCCCUCGCACCUGAAGCCCCCCGGGCCAAUGCCGUGACCCCAACCGAGGUGACAGAGAGUCAUGACGGUGUGACCAGCAGCCCUAGCCCCCCUACAACCCAGGGUACCUUCAAAGACUCCACAAGAGAGGGGGAGGAAGUGGAGAGGACGGAGAAGGGCCCUGAAGUGGAACAAAUAUCUGACCAUGUUUCUGGGUUAUUGAACACGGCGACUACACUGAAAGUCAUCGGUGGACAGGGAGGCAGUUCAUUUACUUUUACUGGCCGUGACAAUGGUGCCACCCUCAAGAAGAUUGGAGUGGCAGUGGGCGGCUGGCAGAUCAAAGCUGUGCGGGCAGAACUGACUGACGGGCGUGUGAAGACCUUUGGAAAUUCAGUCACUUUCAAAGAGUUUACGUUCGAACUUGGCGAGUGCAUCACCAAGCUGUCCCUGUGGGGGAACGAUGACGGCUCACGACUGGGUGGCAUCAGGUUCUGGACGAGUUCUGGACGCGAGUUCUUCGAGCAGAUGACUAGCAUGGGCCUGAACACCGAGUACUCUAUCGAUGUGGGGUCUGGAGUCUGCCUGGGAUUGCAGGGGAACGCUGGCUCAGACAUCGACUGUUUGGGAUUCCUCUUCAUCAACGCCAUCAAGUCGUCUGUGCUAACCGACAUGACCUAUCCCAGCCUGGCCAUGUACACACCCCAGGUCAACAAAGAAUAUAUAAAAACGUUGUCUCAUCAAAACGACACUACUGCAGCUCAAGAGCAUAAAUGUGCGUACAGCCGAUCUGUGACCAAGUCUACCACCUGGAGCACCACCACUAAGAUGGAGGGCACCGUCAACAUGUCUGUUCAUGCAGGGAUCCCGAAACUGGUGGGGGGGUCUGGUGGAUUUAGCUUGACCACAGGAGCAGUGCUGUUGUCCACAAUGAACUCCUCAGAGACCAUAACCGAAUCAGAUGAGGUCAAUGUGACGGUCCCGGCACGAAAGACCGUGAGCGUUGAUUUGACAGUGGGACGAGCAGACAUCAACCUCCCCUACUCAGCCACAGUUAAAAUCACAUGCAUGAAUGGCAGCGAGCUGGUCUUCCCAUCCACUGGCAACUACAGUGGUGUGGCUUACACUGCAGUGCAUUUAAAAACCACUGAGUCUGAUUAUGUUAUGAAUGUCGAAUAAGAUGCGUCUACAUCUUAUUGUGCACAGUUUUAAUAUUGAUUACAUAAAAUUGGUUUGAUUGCUAAUGCAGUGACUGUCACAGAUACAUAAAUCAUCAUUAUAAACCUGCUUGUGUUUCCAUGUCCAUCCCUAGAGCUUGCAAAACAAUAUACGAAAAAAAUUCUGUCUAGCUAAUGCCAUUAUUUAACGUUUCAGCUUAGUAAAUGAUAAUUUCAGUUCAAAUAUUCCAUAUGCUGUUAAUUUAGUUUUCCAGUCCAACAGCCUGGAAAGAUAAUACGUUUCUGAACACUUCCAGUCAGAUGCUAAUCUUACUACUAUAAUAGCAGGCCUGUCGCACCAGUUACUCAAGUUGGUCAUGUGCGCAUGUGACAAGCAGCCUGCAGCUCACACACACACACACACAGCACACGCAAACCCAUACACCGCAAGCACUAGGGAUGGGCACGGUAAUUCGAAUAUUUGAUUAUUCGAAACGGUGUGGGUAGUUGACUUUGAGAUUUUUUUUUAUUUUUGCCUUAAGUUCAUUCAAUAUAUUCAUUAGCUAUAUUAAUAACAUAUUGUUCAUUAAACGUGUAUACUAAUGCCA